GUUGUUGCUUGACGCUUGCUGCUAUAAUUUGUCGUUUAAACUUUGAAAUUAAUUUAAAAUACAAAAUUUCUCUGCUCUCGUUAAUACUUAAUUCAUUUUUUUUAUACUAAUCUUAGUAAAUACUAAUUAAAUACAUUAUUGAUAUUAGUACCUUAAUGUUAUAGUAUUAAAGUACUAUAGUAUUUAGCGGUAUUAAUUAUUCUCGAUUAUAUCUAUUACAUAAACACAAUUCAAUGUUUUGAUCUUCAAAUAACUCAUGGCAAAUAACCCUGUAGACGAAUUAUCUCAAAGAGAAGAAAAAAAACAUGUGUUCAAAGACUCUUCUUUUGACAACACCAAAACUAACAAUGGAAAAAAAAAAUUGUGGCGUUCAUUAAAGCAAAUAACAGCUCAAGAAAGAAGUUUACCCUGGCCUGAUAACUCUAUUAAUUAUAGCAGUAUUUCUGCUCCCCCGUCAUUCAAACCAGCCAAAAAAUAUUCAGAUAUUAGUGGAUUAAUUGCUAAAUAUAAAGAUCCCCAAACAUCUUUAUACUAUGCUGGACAUGAAGAAUUCAGUACUGUAAGAAAUCUGCCUAGUGAUAUUAUUACUGGAUAUCUGACUUUACGAGGAUCGUAUAAUCCUAUUGGAUAAUAUUACUACAGUUGAUACGAUACUUUAACUUGAAAUAAGACUUAUAAAUAAAAUUAAUAAAUAUAUAGAUAACCGUAAAAUGUGUAUUACCAUAUUGAAUCAUUAAAUAAUAAUGAACUUUAUAAAUCAAUGUUUAUUAAUGACUCUAUCAUCUUUAUCUCAUUUUGGCACUUAUGUUUUUCACUGCAUUAGCCCUAGGUCACCUAAGGCUUACUCUCUGUAGCAGCGGUUCUCAACUUUUUUUAUAUUCACGUACCACCUACAAAGUUUGAAAAUUUACAUGUAUACAGAGUUUUAUUUUAUUAAGAACUACAAAAUUAUGAUAAUAAUAUAAGCAUUUAAUGCAUAAAAAUAAAAUUAAAUAUGUAAAAUUUUUAUUUAUAUUAUUAUUAAAUAAUAUAUCAAAUAUACCAAAUAAUUUCUAAUGUGAA